AUGAGAAGAAACUCUACAAUAAAAAAUGCAAGAUUAUUAUCACAAUCAGAAGAAAUUCCCUGCAUAUCAAAUCAAAUAAAUGCAACAGAAAGCAUUGCUAAUUUAUCCGAUGAUACAAUUCCUCUCAAGACAGAAAUUCAAACAUUUAUGAAUGAUACUUAUAAUGAAUUUGAAUUUUAUCUUCAAGAUGGUAAAAUUACUAAUUCCACAGAAAAAUGUCAAAAGGUGUCUACAUACAUAGAUUGGAGAGGCAUGGAUUAUGUUAAUUUGCUAUUGAGUAAAAAAAAAAAUUAUAAUAUCUCAUGCCUCGUUGAAGAUUGGAAUAAAAAACAAAAUUCUUUUGAAACACAUAUACUUACAGAAACAAAUUCAACAUGUAAUAUUGGAAAGUUUCAUUAUUGUCCUCUUUUAAAUAAAAAUAAUAACUGCACUAUCCCUUAUGAAAAUAAAGAUCUACCAAUAAGCACAUCAUUAACAUACAAUGAACUCAAUGAAGAUAUUUAUUUUAAUAAUAAAACUCAAAUUAUUGAGCAAAGACAGCAUAAGUUUCACAAUGUUACUUAUGGUAUAUCUGAUUACUAUUUCAAUGCAUAUGAUAAAGAUAGAUCUAAACUUAAUUGUGCAAAGUGGAGCAUGUAUAUAUAUAAGAGAGGGAAGCUAUAUGUUAAUAUGAUGACAAAUGAAAUUAAUUCCGAUGAACCUUAUGUACAAGAUUCUAUUAAUACAUGGAAUACUUUUAGUGGGAAUUUGGAAGCUUAUACAUUAGAUCAGACAAGUAAUCAAUGUAAUAUGACAGAGUUAAUUCAUAAAAUUAAAGGGAGAGAAAGUUCAAAUAAUCCAUAUGAUUUAGCAUGGGUUCAUUCAGAUAACAAUAUUAAUGGAUCUAAUCAAACUUCAGGUGUUGCAACUCCAUUACCAGAUAACUUGCAAUCUAUAAAUGGAAUUCACAAUGUUUCAUAUAAUGUUGCUGCAACGAAUUCAACAGAUAACAAUACAGGUAUAUUUAGUAGUUUAAAUAAUAAUAAAACUACAAAUACACCCUUAAGUAUUACUAUAAAGCCAUCAACAGCAGAUGACCAAUCUGCACUACAAGCUAUAACCACAACUUCUUCAAAAGUUAUAACACAAUCUAAUUUAUUAUCCACAGAUACUACACCUCAAAAUAACUCAUAUACAAUUGAAUCUUCACCUUCAGAUUCUACUAUAAGUACCAAGGGAUCUUCUGUAAGUGAUAAUACACAUUUUUCAGAAAAUAGCACUAAACCUACAGUUAGUAUUCAGCCUUCUCCGGAUAGUACAACGUUUUUCGAAACUGAGCAUGGACUUUCACCUACUAAAAAUAUCAAUGAAACUAAUGAAAAUUGUACUACAUCACGUUCUUUAAAUAAAUCAUUACCUAAUGCAGAUAGCUAUACAAGUUCUCCUGCUAUUAUUGCUUCACCAUCUACAAAUGACUCUGAAUCUCAUUUAACAGAUAACACUAUUCAUUCUCCAACUAGUCCUAAUGUUUCCAAAAUUAGUAGUACAUUUCCUACAUCCUUAUCUCCUUCGGAAGCUACAUCUUCUUCUAAUGACACUACAUCUUUUCCAUAUAGUUCUACACCUCAUACGACUGUACCUACUCCUAAAAAUAAAACUGAAUUUUUCACAAAUAAAUCUAUAUUUUCAAAUAAUACAACUGCACAUUCUGUUACCCCAUCUAAAUCAUUAUCAUUUCCAGUUGCAAAUCCACCUCCUAGCACAAUAAUUGAUUCUCCUAUAACACAUAGUGGUAUAGCAUCAUUGGAAACAAAUAAUCCCAUAACACAAAAUCUACAAAAUACACCAGCCUCUUUCAUACAAGAUAGGCAAAUUAUACCUUUAAAUACAACUCAAAAUAGUACAAUAGGAAAUAAUGUAAUUGCCAUUCCUUCAAGUACCGCUUUUUUAAAUAAAUCUACCUUGCAACCCCCAAUGAAAAAUAAUAAUGAAGUUACACCUACAGUUAAACCUACAGGAAAUGUGUUAAUAACAAUCGCUCCAAUAGGUAUAAUCCUUUUAGGUAUUAUUCUCCUAUUAAUUCUCAUCUACAGAUGCACUCCUAUUGGAUCUUGGUUACGCAAUCGUAGAUCAAAAAAAAAAAAAGUAAAAAAAAAGAUUAAGAAAAUUUCAAAGGAACCAAUACUAAUGUCAAGUGAUUUAAAGAAUGAACCAAUAAAUAGUGGAAAAUAUUCGUUGUUGCACCAAGAAAAUCAUUUACCACUAUGUGAGAUUAGUUUUGAAAGUGAACAAAAUUUGAAAUAUAGACAGACUAAAAAAUUCAAGAAAAGUGAAUAUAAACACACUGGUGAAAUUGUAGAAUUAUCAAUGUUAAAAAAUGAACUUCCAAUAAAAGAAGAUAAAUUAAAUGAAGGUGAUCCUAAAAAUGAAAUUGAAGAAGAUGAAUUGGAUGUAAAUAAAUGUACAAAUAAAAUUAGAAAAAAAAAAUCAAUUAAAAAUGGAUUAGCAAAAGAUUCAGUUCAUGUUGUAGGAUAUUGUUGGAAUAAUACAUUAAAUGAUGAAGAAAUAAAUGUAAAAACUGAAAAUUCUAUGUAUGAAAAGGAAAUUAAAAAUUCAGACAAUCAAAUGUCAAUCAAGAGUGAAGUUUGCAACUGGAAUACAAGGAAAAAUGCAUAUAUUAUAACAUUACUAGAGCAUAAAAAAGAAGAAUGGCAAUUGAUUAAAAAUGAAUUUUUAAGAAUUUGCAUAGAAGUGUUUGAGAAAGACGAAAAAACUACUUAUCUAAAAGAAUCUGGCAAUAAUUUAAUAAAGGAAAGAGAAGAAGGAAAUAGUAUAAUUGUGACAGAAAAAAAUAGCAGUAUCCUAGAUAAAUGGAAAAAAGAAGAAUGGUUCAUUAAUUUAAAAAAAGAAUGGAAGAAUGAAGAAGAAAAACUUUUAGAAUAUUUAGAAGAAUAUGAAAUUGAAAAUUUAACAGUAGAAGGAAUAAGUAAUCUAAUGUUAGAAAAAAAAAAAAAGGCAUGGAGGAAGUGGUUAGAAAAGCAAAAAGAACAUUUAAAUGAAUAUAAAAAGCAGGAUUGGUUUAUGAAGUUAUUGGACGAAUAUGAAAAGGUUGGAAUUUAUAAAAAUAUAAUGGAUGAAAAAAUUGAAAAAAUAAGUGUAAAAAUACAAGAGAAUGAAAUAAAUAAUGAAAUAGAUAAAGAUGAAAUGAAGAAAAAAUUGACACAAAAAAUGUUAAUAGAUAUAUAUAUGAUGGUAUUAGAGGAAUGUAAAAAGGAAGAAUUGGAAAGAGAAAAAGAUGAAUUAUUUAAAACAAACACAGAAAGAUUAGGAAUACAAAGAAAUUUAGAUGAAGAAGUAAAUAUAUUAAAAAAUAUAGAAGAAGAAAGAAGUUGGAAUUGUUUAUUAGAAAAAAAAAAAGAGGAUAUAGAAAAAUGGAAAAGAGAAAAAUGGUUUGUAGAGCUAAUGCUAGAAUGGAAUGAUAACGAACAGAAAUAUUUAGAAGAAUUAAAUAAAAAAAUGCUGGAAAAAAAAAAUCAGGAAAGAUUAACAAAUAUUGCUUUAGAAAGGCAGAAAAUUUUAUGGAAAAAACAUUGGGAUGAUAUUCGUAAAAAGUGGAUAGAAAAUGAUAACAAAGAAGAAUGGUUUACAAAAUUGGUUGAUGAAGUUGAAAGUAAAGAGAAUGAAUAUAGAAGUGAAAUUACUAAAAAGAAUAUAGAAAAGAAAGAGGAAAAUAUAGAAAGAUUUGAGCCAAUAGUAGAGAUCAAUAGAAAAGGAAAAGAAAAAAUAAGGAAAUAUGAAAAGGGUUAUCUAGAAGAUACAGACGAAAAGAUUAAUUCUAUAAUGAUGAAAAAAAAAUUAAUGUGGAAGACUAUAGUAGAAAUACAUAUGAUUGUAUUAGAGGAAUGUAAAAAAGAGGAGUGGAUGUUGAAUAGAGGAAAAUUUUUAGAAUCCUGCUUAGAAGAAUUUAAAAAAGAAGAAAAAGAAAAAUAUCCAAAAAUAAUAGAAAACGAUUUAGUAAUGAUAAGUAAAGGGGAAGAUGAUAUUAGUUCAAUAAUGAUAGAGAAACAAAAACGUCUAUGGAAAAAAUGGGUAGAAAGAAAUAAUAGUAUGCUAAAGAAAUGGAAAAGAGAAGAAUGGUUUAUUAAUUUAAAAAAAGAAUGGGAAAAUGAACAAAAAAGUUACGGAGAAACAAUAAAUGAAUCAGAAAUAAUACAGAUUAAUGCAGGAGAAAAUCUUAUGUUAGAAAAACAAAAGAAAAUAUGGAAACAAUGGCUAAAAAAACAAAGAAUGUGGUUUAUAGAACAUAGUGAGGACAAAUGGUUUAAUGAUUUGUUAGAUGAAUAUAAAAAAGAGGAAGAAUAUGAGAAAGAAUUAACUAUAAGUGAUGUGAAGAAAAUAAAGGAAAUUCAUAAAAAUAUAAAGGAGUUAGAACAAGAAAAAAGUGAGGAAAUAGAGAAAUCUAGAAAAAAGAAAAAGUUGAUACAAAAAGUGUUAAUAGAAAUACAUAUGAUGGUAUUAGAGGAAUGUAAAAAAGAAGAGAUGAAAGAAGAAAUAGAAGGUUUUUUUAAUAUAAUUAGGAAUGAAAUGAAAAUACAAGAAAAUUUACAUGAAGAAUUAAAUAUAUUAGAAAAAAUAAAAGAAGAAAGAAAUUGGAAUUCUUUAUUAGAAAAAAAAAAAGAGGAUAUAGAAAUAUGGAAAAGAGAAAAAUGGUUUGUAGAGUUAAUGUUAGAAUGGAAAUAUAACGAACAGAAAAAUAUAGAAGAAUUAAGCAAUAAAAUGUUGGAAAAAAAAAAUGAAGAAAGAAUAACAAAUAUUGCUUUAGAAAGGCAGAAAAUUAUAUUGAAAAAACAUUGGGAAGAUAUUCGUAAAAAAUGGAUAGAAAGUGAUAACAAAGAAGAAUGGUUUACAAAAUUGGUUGAUGAAGUUGAAAGUAAAGAGAAUGAAUAUAGAAGUGAAAUUACUAAAAAGAAUAUAGAAAAGAAAGAGGAAAAUACAGAAAGAUUUGAGCCAAUAGUAGAGAUCAAUAGAAAAGGAAAAGAAAAAAUAAGGAAAUAUGAAAAGACUCAUCUAGAAGAUAUAGAUGAAAAUAUUAAUUCAAUAAUAAACAAAAAAAAAAUAAAGUGGAAGACUAUAGUAGAAAUACACAUGAUUGUAUUAGAAGAAUGUAAAAAAGAGGAGUGGUUUCUUAAUAGAGGAAAUUUUUUAGAAGCCUGUUUAGAGGAAUUUAAAAAAGAAGAAAAAGAAAAAUAUCCAAAAAUAAUAGAAAAUGAUUUAGUAAUGAUAAGUAAAAGGGAAGAUGAUAUUAGUUCAAUAAUGAUAGAGAAGCAAAAACUUGUAUGGAAAAAAUGGUUAGACAGAAAUAAAAGUAUGUUAAAGAAAUGGAAAAAAGAAGAAUGGUUUAUUAAUUUGAAAAAAGAAUGGUUACAAGAACAAGAAAAAUAUAAAGAAGUAACAAAUGAAUUAGAAAUUGAAGAAAUAAGAGUAGGAAAAAAUCCUAUGCUAGAGAAACAAAAAAGAAUAUGGAAACAAUGGCUAAAAAAACAAAGAAUGUGGUUUAUAGAACAUAGUGAGGACAAAUGGUUUAAUGAUUUAUUAGCCGAAUAUGAAAAAGAAGAAUGUAAGGAAGGAACAACUAAAAUAAAUGCGAGAAAAGUUAAGGAUUUUCAUGAAAACAUGCAGGAGUUAGAACGAGAUGAAAACAAUGAAAUGAGGAAAUCUAGUAAAAAAAAAAAAAAAAAAAACAUUAAAAAAAAUACAAAAAAAAAAAAAAAUAAAAAUAAAAAAGGUAAAAAUAAAUGUGAUAAAAGGAGUAAAUAA